GUUUCGUCUGCCAGCCGCAGGCAGAGCCCCACCGAGGAGAAACGAGCGGGGCCGUGGCCCGCGGCGCCGUGGUCCUAAGCUGAAGCAGCAGGGUGCGCCCCAUCCGGCGACCAGGUGGAGCCAAAGAUGCCAGCCUCUGCCGCGCGGCCCCUCCCGGGCCCCGGGCCGCCUCUGGCCUCGGUUUUCCUGCUGCUGCUGCUGCUGCUGCUGAUGGCGGUGCUGAGCGGCCCCGUGUCCGGCCGCGUCCCCCGCUCGGUGCCCAGGACCUCGCUUCCCAUCACCGAGGCUGACUCUUACCUCACUCGGUUCACCGUCCCUCAGACAUACAAUUACUCUGUUCUCCUUGUGGAUCCUGCUUCCCAUACACUUUAUGUCGGUGCCCGGGACACAAUCUUCGCUUUAUACCUGCCCUUCUCAGGGGAGAGACCUCGCCGGAUCGACUGGAUGGUGCCUGAGGCCCACAGGCAGAACUGUAGGAAGAAAGGCAAGAACGAGGCUGUGUCCAGUUUCCAGCAGGUUGAAAGAAUUGAGAGUGGCCGGGGGAAAUGUCCUUUUGAGCCAGCUCAGCGGUCAGCAGCUGUAAUGGCUGGGGGGGUCCUCUAUGCUGCCACUGUGAAAAACUACCUGGGGACGGAGCCGAUUAUCUCCCGGGCAGUGGGUCGUGCUGAGGAUUGGAUUCGGACAGAGACCUUGCCAUCCUGGCUUAACGCUCCAGCUUUUGUCGCAGCCAUCGCCCUGAGGCCAGCCGAGUGGGGGAUUGAAGACGGAGACGAUGAAAUCUACUUCUUCUUUACGGAGACUUCCCGAGCGUUUGACUCCUACGAGCGCAUUAAGGUUCCACGGGUGGCCCGUGUGUGUGCGGGGGACCUUGGGGGCCGGAAGACCCUCCAGCAGAGGUGGACGACAUUUCUGAAGGCUGAUCUGCUGUGUCCAGGGCCUGAGCAUGGCCGGGCCUCCAGUGUCCUGCAGGACAUGGCCAUUCUUCGAUCUGAGCGUGGAGCGGGGACCCCCAUCUUUUAUGGCAUCUUCUCCUCCCAGUGGGAGGGGGCUGCCAUCUCUGCUGUCUGCGCCUUUCGACCACAAGACAUUCAGACAGUGCUGAAUGGUCCCUUCAGAGAGCUGAAACAUGACUGCAACAGGGGACUGCCUGUCCUGGACAAUGAUGUACCCCAGCCCAGACCCGGAGAGUGCAUCACCAAUAACAUGAAACUCCAGCAAUUUGGCUCAUCGCUGUCCCUGCCUGACCGUGUGCUCACCUUCAUCCGGGACCACCCACUCAUGGACAAGCCAGUGUUUCCAGCCGAUGGCCACCCCCUGCUGGUAACUACAGAUACAGCCUAUCGCAGAGUUGUGGCCCACAGGGUGACCGGCCUCUCAGGGAAAGAAUAUGAUGUUCUCUACCUGGGGACAGAGGAUGGACACCUCCAUCGAGCUGUGCGGAUUGGAGCCACGCUCAGUGUCCUCGAGGAUCUGGCCUUAUUCCCAGAGCCACAGCCAGUCGAGAAUAUGAAAUUGUAUCAAAACUGGCUCCUGGUGGGCUCCCGUACUGAGGUGACACAAGUGAACACAACCAACUGUGGCCGUCUUCAGAGCUGCUCAGAGUGCAUCCUGGCCCAAGACCCUGUCUGUGCCUGGAACUUCCGGCUAGAUGCAUGUGUGGCUCAUGCUGGGGAGCACGGCGGGCUGGUCCAAGACAUAGAGUCAGCAGAUGUCUCUUCGUUGUGCCCUAAAGAGCCCGGAGAACACCCAGUAGUGUUUGAAGUUCCUGUAGCUACAGCUGCGCAUGUGGUCUUGCCAUGUUCCCCAAGCUCAGCCUGGGCAUCCUGUGUGUGGCACCAGCCCAGCGGAGUGACUGCACUUACCCCCCGGCGGGAUGGCCUAGACGUGGUGGUAACCCCAGGGGCCAUGGGUGCUUAUGCCUGUGAAUGUCAGGAGGGCGGGGCAGCCCGUGUGGUAGCUGCUUACAGCCUUGUAUGGAGCAGCCAGCGGGGGACCUCCAGCCGGGCCCACACAGUGGGGGCUGGACUGGCUGGCUUCUUCCUGGGGGUUCUUGCAGCAUCCCUGACUCUCCUCCUGAUUGGUCGGCGUCAACAGCGACGGCGUCAGAGGGAACUUCUGGCUAGAGACAAGGUGGGCUUGGACCUGGGGGCCCCGCCAUCUGGGACUACAAGCUAUAGCCAGGAUCCUCCCUCUCCCUCUCCUGAAGAUGAGCGGCUCCCCCUGGCCCUAGCCAAGAGGGGCAGUGGCUUUGGUGGCUUCCCUCCACCCUUCCUGCUUGAUCCUUGCCCGAGCCCAGCCCACAUUCGGCUAACUGGGGCUCCUCUGGCCACGUGUGAUGAAACAUCCAUCUAGGCCUGGGCAAAUGACCACUAGUUCAUGAGUGACCACUGGAAUAGAAUGGCCAUUGAGACGCUGGGGCCUAGAAGACCGUCAUGGCUUCUGAGUUCUCUUUGGCCUUUGAGUGAUCACUUGACUUCAGUGUCUGCCCUCUCUGGGCCUGGAUGGCUGCUGGGCCAGGGCUUUGUCUGAGGCCUGAUUCCCUUGAGAUACAAGAACGUCUCUUUUCAGUGAAUCAGGACUUUUCCCACCCCUGCCCUCUGACCCCUUCAGCCCUGGCCCACUCUCUUGGGCCCAGUAGUGUGGGGAUGCGACACAGGACACAGCUGUGGCUUUGCCUUCUGGUUGGGCCCUGGCCAGAAGGGGGAGUUGUGGAGGUGGUUGGGGGCUAAUGUGCAUUGAGUCCUUGGGUGGUUUUGCUGAUUUUCGCAGUUUAUCUGAUUCUCUGUGGGGAGUGCAUGAUCCCCGUGUUGCAACAUGGAAUCUCUGCUCUGAGAUCUCCCUCCAUCCCAGUUUUCCUUCUUCCAUGAAAGAGCAUGUGUAUAUAUGAGUGUUCAGGAGACCUGGCCAAAUGUGCAUGAAUAACUGGGUCAGUGCUCAGGUAUGUUCAUGGGGGACAAAGAGGGGACCGUUGGGAUGGGGGCAUUGCCUGUAGAAUUUUAGACCCCGUCGCCAGUGAAAGAAUGGCUUUUCUUUCUAAAAGGAAACAAACCACUGCCCCUCCCCAUCACCUCCCACAACCCUUCUCUCCAGUAGAGGAAAACUCCCGAAGUGACCUUCUAGAUGGGAAGGGCAGUGGUACAUGUGACCCAAUCUUUCUUUGUUUUUGCCUCCUGGCUGCCACCACUGCCACGCACAGCUGUUCUUUCUUUGGCUGGAGUGUAGGCUGGACCCCCUUUCCUUGGCUCCCAUUGAAAAUAAACUUCACAACAUUCUAAAUAUUAGGGGACAACAAAAGGGGAACAGUUACAGGAAAUACAUGCAGCAUAAAAAUCGAUUUGUAUUAGUGACUUUACUCAGGUUGACACCGUUGCCCUAAAGCAGGAGUUCUCCACUGGGGGUCCAAGGACUCCCUGAAAUUGUAUGCAAAGUGUUGUCUAUACAUGUGUGUCUGUGUUUUUCCGGGGGGAGGUUUUAUGGCUUUCAUCAGAUUCUUAAGGCCUUAAUAGAGUUAAAGGACCACUGCCCCAAGGGACCACAUCAGCAGCAGCUCUGCCUGCCCCACCCCACUGCCCUGUGGCCAGCCCCUGGACUUGCAGCUGCUGGAUGCUGUCUCAUUUCUCCAGUCCCUGGAAGCUGUGCUCUGUGUAUAUCUGAAGACACUGUCAACUCUCACCAAACUUAGACACUUCUUCCUGCUUCACAACUUGCAGAUGCUUUAGGCUUCUCCUGCUCAGUUCCAGUCUUGGCCUGUGAAUGUGCCUCGUUUGUCCCUGGUGAGGGACUCCCUUGAGUUCCAAUGAAUGAUCCAGCCCUUCCCAGUUGAAGUUUUCAGCUCUACUUUCCUUGGCAACAGCCUGUGAACUACUCAAAAGAGUCCCCUUGGGUUUGGAAUGAUCAGUGGCUUUGCCCGAAUCAGCGUGUGAUCUUUGGCCAGUAGUCUAAGCCAGGAACAGUGGUUUACUCCUCUGUAAAGUGGGGAUAAUAAUACCUACCUCAAGGUUGCUGCAAGGAUUAAAUGAGAACAUGUAAACAAUAAAGCACUAUCUAUUCCAGUACAGGUUGUGAUUGUAAAAAUUGGACCAUUAUGCCAUAAUCAUAUAGCUUAAAUGUAUGAUCCCCAUAACAUGCAUCACUUUACGCACCCUUUGAUGGACGGAGGGUCAUUGCCUCACACGGACAUCCUGUCCUGGGUCAUCUCUGGCCUGAGCUUAGCUGCCACCGUCUAGGGCCUGUGGUUUUGUAAUGCUCAGAUGUGUGUGACCUUCGUGACCUUAUUAGUCCUAUACGGGAAUGGAGGAAGCCUUGUGUUCUUGGGUUUAUCCUCACUUCACUCUGCUCUCUCAAGGUUAUGGGUUAGUUUCAUGUGGGGAGAGAUGUCUCUCCCUGGGGUCUCUGUGAGGAGGGGAGGAGAAGAGUUUUUCAAGGAGGGGAGGGAUCAGAUCAUAGAGGAUUGGGGCAUUUGGUUCUUGGACAGUGGCUCUGGUUGGAGGAAAAUGAGAUGAGGAAUGUAGGAACACGAGGAAGGAUGGAAAUAGGCAUGAAGGGAGGAGAACCACCUCUUCAUUGGAAAGUUCAAGCCCCAAGAGUGAAUGAGAGCACAGGAAUGGAAAGCCAAUUCCUGGAGAAACAGUGUGAGUAACUAAUUACAUUAUCUUUGGGCUGUGGGAGUGUGGGAAGGGAGAGGAUCAGCGGGUAAGGGAACUGAAGGAGGGUGCGGGGUUCCUGCAGGGAGAAUUGUGGGGAUGCUGAGACCUCCCCGGCUUCAUUCAUUCAAGCAGCCGGGGCAAGGGAUGGGAUGGGGCUUGUGCUUAUGUUACCUCCAGUCUCCAAAGAUUGCCCACUUUCUGGCCCUCACUCUUAACUUCCCCUCUGUUGUUGGCUCUGGUCCCUGGUCCCUAAAUUGCAACUCUCAACUUGUCACUCCUAACCAGUUGUGUGCCGCUACCCAUGUGACUUUACUGAAACUAUAGCCAGAAAGAGAUACUCAUUGUUGGCUCCUGUGAGCCAAGUGUGCUCUAGCACGGCGCCGGCCCUAACCCAACAGGAGGCUGACUCAUAUCCUUUCCCCAGUAGCCCCACAAGUUGAUUGGUGGCCUCACUGAUGGCAGAAAAGGGCUCCUUUGGUCUCGGCUGGGCCCUGAUUCUCCUGGCUACUUGGCCCCUGUCAAAGUCGGGCAGUCAUGGUUGUUCUUGGUCAACUGCAUGCAAUCUCAAGGGUAUGAGGUUAGAUCUUGCCUUUUUGGCUGUAGCAGAGGCAAGGUUGGAAUUUUUGAAGAUCAUUUUCACCAACUGGAGAUAAAAACUAGCAAUAAAAGCACCAGAAAUCUUUCUGCAGUUUUUAAGUUCUCCCUAUUCAGGCCCCAGAACAGUUCUCUCUGUGACAUGGCAAUUUGUAUGGCCAGUAGACAGCAGGUGUGGUUCCAGAGAGGUCCAUCUGGUCUGAUCCUGGUUGAGGUGGGGAAGGACAAGCAACAGAGAGACAGGUCUAGCUUCCUGAGGAUGUUAGAUGGGGCCGGGGUGGUUAGGAGGGCCAAGAUAAGGGUCAGGUUCAAUUCAGAGGGCAGCUCCAGGCCCUGUGGAUAAAUAAAUGGGAGCCAGGACAUCUCUUCCUCUUUUUUUUCAAGGGUUCCUGGCCCACAGGACUGGGGCUUCCCCUAGAAACACUGGGCCUGGGUUUUAGUGCUACAGAUGAAUCCUGGACAUGCCUGGACAUACCCACUGGUGGGUAUGGCACUCCUCAUUUAUGUCAGACUUGGCACCCCUCUUGUGGACUCCGAGACUUGGCAGAGCUGAACUGUAAGCUAAAGGCUGUCACCACCUACAGCUGGAGUCAUGGUUAGGGCAGGAGGAGUCAGCAACUGACGCUGGAUCCAAAGACCAACAUCUCACCCUUAGGUUCCAGCAAGUCCUUUGCGUUGAGGAGGCUGGCAAUAAAAUCUUUUCAAGACUGAGGUUCACUCCAGGGACUGUCUGAGGGUUAAGUAUUGAAGAGCCCUAUUAGACCUCUAUUGUCAGAGGCUGAGGCAGAGAACUCAUGGGAAAAGCUCAGGCCUCAGGUCUUCGUAGGCCUACUACAUUUUUCUCCAAACCAGUGGAGAAUUCUCCCCUGCAAGCUCAAGAAUGCAAAGACUUGGCACAUAUUCUCAGCACUCUCCUUUCAAGACAUGCUUAAUCAUAUGUGAUAGGUAAUUUACUAUUCCUUCCUCUAUAAGAAGUGAGGAGGCCAAAGUGGUCCUUUCCUGAGGUGAAGCUGGGGUUGGCUGUUUUCAUCUUUGAGUGAUGCAGACCUCUUCCUGCUUCCAUGCUACUUCUCCAGGAGUGACACAAACUCUGGUGGAACGGAAGGUGUGGAUCCUGGAGACAGCCAUGGCCUAGAGGAUUAGGAGGAAGUGUCCCCCUGCUUUGGUGUAGAAGCAAGGAGCUGCCUACCCUUUGUGUGUGUGGGCUCGGAUGAUGAGCUUCUCAGUGGCAGUCGUAAGAACCAGAGAUUUUUCUGCCCUCUGCUGGGAGCCGCACAAGUCUCCUGAAUUCAUGUUUAAUUCUAGGGAGAAAUAUGACCACCCUCAAGAUGCCUGUGAUAGAAUAUUUCCCCCCUGAAAUGACUGGGAGCUCAGAAACAGCUUAAAUUGAUUCAUAGAAAUAAGGUGAUAUUUUUUUUGUUCCUGUGAGUUUGUGAAGAAACAUUCACGCCCACUAUAACUAAUAUCAGCAUUUCUAAAAUUAGCUGAGUCCAGAGUGCCUGCAUUAUGAAUUGGCCUAUACAUUGUGAGAGUAGAACUGACCAUAGAUAGGGUAGCGUUGAAUGAGUAGUUGGUGCAUAAAACAAUGAAGGAGGGCCUUCCUCCAACCCUCUUCAGGAGCCAUUCCUCAUAUUGUAGUUUCUCCCCACACACAUCCACCAAAUUAAUCUUUCUUUAGUCUCAAAGCCCAUCAACUCUCAGAUUUAGGAUUUAUGCAAUUUAUCUGUGGUUGCAUCAUUACUAUAGCUCAUCAGAGAUUGUGAUCACCUUAUAAUUCCCAGGUAAAUGUCCUCAGAAAGAAGGAAACAUAACUUGUGGGGUCCUAGUUGACAAACCAAGGUAUCUACAUGCUACCUCUACAAAGGUUUAUGACAAAGCUGUCAUUAGAACCUUUGCUAGAUAAGUUCUUACUCUUUGGGGUAUUUAUUGCUGUACUAGUCAGGACAGGCUUUGUUAUAAUGCAAUAACAAAACCCCCCAUACUGUUAGUGGCUUAAAACAUGUUUCUUACACAUACUAAAAAAAGAAGGAAAUUCUAACACAUGCUACAACAUGGAUGGACCUUGAGGACAUCAUGAUAAAUGAAAUAAGCCAGUCACAAAAAGACAAAUACUGUAUGAUUCCACUUAUAUGAGGUACUUAGAGUAGUCCAAUUCAGAGAGAUAGAAACUAGAAUGGCAAGGGGAUGAGGGUGAGGGGGAUGAGGGGUGGUUAUUGUUUAAUAGGUAUAGAGUUUUAGUUUCACAAGGUGGAAAGAGAGCUGGAUAGUGGUGAUGGUCGUACAAUGUUAUGAAUGUGUUAAUACCACUGAACUGUAUACUUUAAAAUGGUAAAGAUGGUAAGUUUUAUGUAUAUUUUAUCACAGUAAAAAAAUCUGAGAAAAGUGAAUAAGGCACAGUUCCGGCCCCUUUGAAGCUCCUAAUUCAGUGGGGAGGAAGACAAGUGAGAAGAUAAUAACACCCUUUGAAAAGCACUAUUGUCAAGGUAUGUCCCAAAUCCCGAGGAACCCAAAGAAACUGUGUUCUGCUGACAUCUCUUCUGAACUGACAGCUUGAGAAACAACUUGAGACACCAACAGAAGGCUUUGUACCCCCUAACUGAACUCCCCUGAAGCUACCCAGACAGUCUAAUGUAGUCUAGUGAC